AGGGCGUGGCAUACCCGAUUCAUUGCCAUUACGUGCUUUCGCAGUAACGUGAGCCUGGGUUUCCAAGCUCCUCAAUCCGAGCAGAGAACUAUCUUUCGAUUUUUUCGAAAACAUUGGAUUUUGAAGAUUGUUCAUUAUCGGGACAGUGAGCUGAGAGGACUGCACAUCUAUCCACACUCUGGAUCACGAGAAGCGAAUUCGUAGUUUUUGGGACUCUAUUAUCAUCAUCAUCAUCAUUAUUAUUAUUAUUAUUGUCGGUGAUUUGGGGAAAAAAUUGGCCUGGAACAGGUUUAUCGAUGGUUAGCUGUUGCCGUCGGUUAUUAAUUCGUUCUCGGCUUGUUUCUCUCAAUUUGGUCAGGUUUUCAGAGGGAUUAGUGUCCUGUGUUGUUUAAGCUAGGUGGGAAUUUUUUGUGGGUCUUGUUUGAAGGAGUUCAUGGAACCGUAUAACCAUUGAUGUGUUCAGAAACUUGCAUUAAUUUGCCAUGAGUUGGAAGGGAAUUUUACUUGCAAUUCUAUGUCUUGCUAACUUGGGUGAAUCAACGGAUAGAUUGGCAAAAUCUUGGCCUGUCAAUGUCAAUGCUGGGACCUCUUCACUCUAUAGCUUGGCAGUUACUAGCGCUGCUGUAUUUGCAGUGGUUGCCCUAAUUCUCUCCAUGUAUCUCAUCUUUGAGCAUUUGGCUGCUUACAAUCAGCCAGAGGAGCAGAAGUUCUUGAUUGGUCUCAUUCUGAUGGUCCCUGUUUAUGCGGUGGAAUCGUUUUUGUCACUAGUAAAUUCGGAUGAAGCCUUCAACUGUGAAAUUAUUCGAGAUUGUUAUGAAGCUUUUGCCUUAUACUGCUUCGAGAGGUACCUCAUAGCUUGUUUAGGUGGAGAAGCGAGUACCAUUGAAUUUUUUGAAAGUCACGGCUUUUCAACUUCUGGCGUACCUCUUUUAGAUGAUGCUUAUGCUUAUGGAGUUGUUGAACAUCCAUUUCCGUUGAAUUGCUGCAUAAGGGUUUGGAAGCUUGGCUCUGAUUUUUAUCAAGCUGUGAAAAUUGGCAUUGUUCAAUAUAUGAUAUUGAAGAUGAUCUGUGCCCUACUGGCAGUACUUUUUCAGCAUUUGGGUGUUUAUGGGGAAGGAAAGUUUGAGUGGGGAUAUGCUUAUCCAUAUUUGGCAGUGGUUCUGAAUUUCAGCCAGACCUGGGCGCUGUACUGCCUCGUGCAAUUCUAUGCUGUGACGAAGAAUAAAUUGGCACCAAUUAAACCUCUGGCCAAGUUCUUAACAUUUAAGUCAAUUGUUUUCUUGACAUGGUGGCAAGGAGUUGCUGUGGCCUUUCUCUUCUCUUUUGGAGCCUUGCAAGGGCCUCUGGCUAAGGUUUUGAAAACACGCAUACAGGACUAUAUCAUCUGCAUUGAGAUGGGUGUUGCUUCAGUGGUACAUCUUUAUGUGUUUCCGGCUGUGCCAUACAAACGAGGGGAGCGAUGCGUAAGAAACGUUGCUGUGAUGGCAGACUAUGCAUCUUUAGGAUCCCCACCUGAUCCUGAAGAGGUUCGUGACUGUCAAAGAUUCACCAAAGGUCGGUUUUCCCAGCACGAUGAAGAGAGACGGCAGCGCCCAAGACUCCACCAGAGUGUCCGUGAUGUUGUUGUUGGAAGCGGUGGAAUUAUGGUGGACGACAUGAAGUUCACAGUGUCACACGUCGUAGAACCGGUGGAGAGAGGCAUUGCAAGAAUCAACCAAACUUUCCAUCAGAUAUCCGAAAAUGUGAAACGGUAUGAAAAACAGAAGAAGUCUAAGGAUGACAGCCAUCUCGUCCCAUUGAGAUCGUGGACGAAAGAAUUCUCAGACACUGGCGAUAAGCUGAUCGAAGGGAGCGCCAGCGACAGCGACCUAGUCAGAGGCCUUGGCCUAUCCAACCAUAAGAAGAGAUCAUCUCAUUGGAAUUCGAAAUUGAAAGCAUCAGUGUCAUCUUCUUCACAGAUGCAUAACAACAGCUAACUUGAUUGAGAGAGAGACACCCACCCUGAUCCUUCCUUGUUUACCCUAACCAGGCUUACUCUGUCUAAUAGGUUUAUUAUUAACUCAUUUUUACAUACCAAAAAACAGUGAGUAGUAUACAUGUAAAGCAUAUGCUGAUGCAGUUUUAUUUUUGGUUCCAAA